CCCCCCUCCCCAGAGCCCCCUCCCCAUUUCCCACCACAAUUCCCAGCUGGAAUCAAACCCAAGUCCUGGCUGUGCCCCUUGCAGACCCCAGCCCCAUUUCCCCUCUUUUCCCCCCCAUUUUCCCCAUUUCCCCCCAGUUUCUCACCCUUUCCCCUCCAUUUCUUUCCCAUUUUUCCCCUUUGUUUCCCUCAUUUCCCUGAUUUUCCCCUUCCCACACAUUUUCUCACCCAUUCCCUUCCAGUUUUCCCCAUUUCCUCACGUUUUCCUCCACUAUUUCUCUCAUUUCCCCGUUUUUUCCUAAUCCCCCUCCAUUUUCUCUCAAUUUCCCCCAUUUUCGCUCUAUCUCUUCCCAUUUUUCCCCAAUUUUCCCCCAUUUUUCCCCAAUUUCCCCCAUUUCUCCCCAUUUCCUCCAUUUCUCCCCAAUUUCCCCCCUUUCUCCCCAAUUUCCCCCCAUUUUCCCUAAUUUUCCCCCAUUUUCCCCCAUUUUCCCCCAAUUUCUUCCCAUUUUUCCACUUUUUCCCCCAUUUUUCCCCAAUUUCCCCCCAUUUUUCCCCAAUUUUUCCCAUUUUUCCCCCAUUUCUCCCUCUCCACUGAGCCAGGAUCGGGUCCCUGCUGUUCCCUGGGAGUUUUGGGGUGUCCCCCCCUCCCCAAAUCCCCCCCUGGGGGGGGGGGUUUGACCUCUGACCCUGCCCAGCCCAGGGAAUUUGGGACCACCCUGGAAUUUUGGGAAACACCCCCUGGAAUUUUGGGGGCUCCCCCCAUGGGAAUUUCGGGGUCACCCCGAGGAUUUUGGGGCCCCCCCCAAUUUGGGUCCCUCCCGUGGGAUUUUUUUGGGAUCUUCCCAGGAUUUUGAGCCUCCCCCGGUGGGAAUUUGGGGUCCCCUCCAUGGAAUUUCGGGGUCCCCCUGGAAUUUUGGGAAUUCUGCCCCUCCCCCAUUCCCAAACGAGCUCAUUAACAGUAUUAACCCCUCCCCCCACGGGGGACACCCCAAAUCCCCCCCCCUCCCAGUCCCAAACUGGUCUGUACUGGUUUCUACUGGUUUCCCACAGCCGGGAUUGCAGUUUUUCGCUCACUUUCGCUCAUUCCCGGGGGUUUUGGCCCAAAUCCCGGCCGGAUUUCGGCCGUUCCGGGGCGGCCGCGCCCCCAGUGCCUCUCGGAACCCCAAAUUCUCAGGGAAAAACCAAAAAGCCACAAACCCGCGCCCGGAAUCGACGGAAAACGGCGCCUGGGGGGGGGGGGGGGGGAAGGAGCCGAACGCGGCGGAGUUUUGGGGCAAAAAGGAGCCAAAUUGGGAUUUUUGGGUUUGAGGCAGAGUUUUUUUUUUUCUUGCUUUCUUUAAUUUUUUUGGGCGAUUUUGGCCCCAGCCUGAAGUGGGUUAAUGAGGAAUUCGGCAAUAACGAAGCGGCGCCGCUUUGAGGAGUUGAUUUUUAACCCUUUCACGUUGCUUUUUACUCAUUUUGAGCCAAAAUCAUCACUUUUUUUGGGGUCUGUUUGAAGUUUUUUUUUGGGUGGAUUCCUCAAAAUUGCCUCGUUUUGGGGUGAAGCCACGGGGAGGGGGGAAGGAUCGUUCCGGGGGGGCGCUGGACCCCCCCAAAUCGCUCCUUUUCCCCCCAAAGCGGUGGCGGAAUUAUUUAAUUUGUAAAUAAUGUACAAAUUUUUACCAGCUCCGAUGUAAAUACGGCAAUAAAGGUUGCAGUAAAGCUCGGCUCCUCCCGCCCGCCAGGGGGCGCGCGGCCCCGCCCGCCUCUCUAUGGUUCUCCCUCAGAGUCUCUGUGGCCGCUCUCAAUUUCCCCAAUCUCUCUUCACAAUGGUUUCGCAGCCCCUGAGGUUUUGGUGGGCGCUCAGGAGCGUCCUGUGCUGCUGUUCGCCCGCCAGAGCCUCCGCGCUUGGUGCGGCGCGCCCCGUACUGGUUUGUACUGGUUUAUACUGGUGCGUUCCUCCAUGGGCUGCUCUGGCCUCUCCUUCCGGUCUCUAUGGUUGUGGCGGCAGCAUCGGGAGCCGCUCUGGCCGCUGGGCGCGUCUCUAUGGUUGUCCCGCCGUUGUUACUGUUCGAUAGCGGCGGCGCUGCGGGUCCUCCCGGCCGCCAGGCGGCGCCAUCGCCCCCGCGGCCGCUCUGUCCCGCCACAUCCGGGUCCCGCGCAGCGCGAUGGCGGCGGAGGAGCCCGAGGAGAGACCGGGCGGGACCGGGGGGCUCUGGAGGGGGACGGGGACGGCGGUGAGAGCCCGGGAGCGGGCGGGGCUCAGAAGACCCCGAUGACCCCUCGGGGCUCCUGGGGUCCCUCAACUUCUCAGGGGGACCCCAACCCCUCCUGCAUCUUCUGGUACCAGCACAGCUACGGCUCCUGUGGCUACCAGAGCCCCUGGGGCUACGGCCACAGCUGAGGGGGGGCUGCACCCCCUGUACAGACUGUGGGACCCCUCCCCAAAAUUUG